CCCAAACCGUCGCACCCCCGUCUUCAACAUGGUUGCCCGGCCAGUGUCGCAUCUCCUUCGUUCGCGCUGCCUGCUGCGCAGGCCUCAGAACACCCAGGCCUUCUCGACCCGAACCAACCUCCGCGCCGCUGACCAUGGCGAUCACUACGACCCCCCGACCGGCUGGCUGUUCGGCGUCAAGCCCGGCCAGAAGUACGAGAAGGAAGGCUGGGAGGGUAUCUGGUACUACGGAUUCAUUGGCAGUCUGCUAGUUGCCGGUGUUGCAUAUGUUUUCAAGCCCGAUACCUCUAUACAAACCUGGGCUCUUGAGGAGGCCCGUCGGAGACUUGAGGCCGAGGGUAUUCUGGAGGACCCCGAGAAGGUCAAGAAAUAAACGGAUCGGUUCUUGCGCCUAAAUCUGUACACUGUACAUAGAGAGAUCGGAAAAGGAUUAUUUCGGUUGGCGCCUGUACCACCUGCGAUGGCAGAUAUGAUGUUCCGAUCCUUUGGUUAGAUGGGGUUUUUCGCAUGUCCUUCCAUU